GCUGCAGGAUGCAGCUCCUGGUGGCGUCGCUGCUGCUGAGCUUCGUGGCGGCGGGAGCCGUCGCUGAGAACGCGGAUCCUCAGCUUAAGGCUCCCAAACCUGACGGGGGCUCUUCAGGGUCUGAAAACAGGCCGCCUUCGCUUGGCGUCUCCCGGGCCGCGGCGGCCCCUGCCGUGCCGGACUCUCAGGGACAGCCUAACCAGCCCAAGUCAGGACCUGGUCCCUUGAGUCACGUCGCCUCGGCGAGCCAAGGCUCUCCAGCUGACGCUUCGAUUCCCAAGUCGUCCACGAAGGAACGCACUGACGUAUCGAGUCCAGGCUCUUCCUCUCAGGAUCCACCUGCCAGCCCGUCGAACGAUCAGUCUGCUCACAAAGUUCAGAGUAACUCAGCUCAGAAUCUCCCUGCCCCGACGCUGAGACCUGACCCCCAUGGACAGGAUGCCGCAUCCAAGCCAAGAGCCACGACUCCUCCCGCGAGCAGAUCCGUGUCUCCCACUACCCAGUCGGAGAAGAAACCCCAGCCUGAGGGUGACCAGGCCACGUCGGUGCGGAAAACCCAAUCUGGGGGUGACCAGGACACCUCGGAGAAGAACGUUCGUUCUGAAAAAGAUCGUUCCGAUAAACCGUCCCAGCCCCAGGAAGAUGCCUCUGCGACCAAACCCCAGCAGAAGGGGGACGGUCGAUCUUCCAAGCCUGGGGAAGAUGUGGGGCCCAAGGAGAAAGCGGACGAUGAGCCCAGGCCCGGGGAGAAAGCGGACGGUGAGCCCAGGCCCGGGGAGAAAGCCGACGGUGAGCCCAGGCCUGGGGAGAAAGCGGACGGUGAGCCCAGGCCCGGGGAGAAAGCGGACGGUGAGCCCAGGCCCGGGGAGAAAGCGGACGGUGAGCCCAGGCCCGGGGAGAAAGCGGACGGUGAGCCCAGGCCCGGGGAGAAAGCCGACGGUGAGCCCAAGCCCGGGGAGAAAGCCGACGGUGAGCCCAGGCCCGAGGAGAAAGCGGACGGUGAGCCCAGGCCCGGGGAGAAAGCGGACGGUGAGCCCAGGCCCGGGGAGAAAGCGGACGGUGAGCCCAGGCCCGGGGAGAAAGCCGACGGUGAGCCCAGGCCCGGGGAGAAAGCCGACGGUGAGCCCAGGCCCGGGGAGAAAGCCGACGGUGAGCCCAGGCCCGGGGAGAAAGCGCUCCCUGCCUCCAGCGAGAACCAGAGGGAAGGGGCUCCUUUGGGUUCUGUGAUUCAGGAGAAGGAUGAGCUCUAUAAAGACAAUCUUGGAGCCUCCAGUGCUGAGAGCAGCCACUUCUUUGCCUACCUGGUGACCGCAGCCCUUCUGGUUGCUGUCUUCUACAUCGCCUAUCACAACAAGCGGAAGAUCAUUGCAUUUGUCUUGGAAGGAAAAAGAUCCAAAGUCACUCGGCGGCCAAAGGCCAGUGACUAUCAGCGUUUGGACCAGAAGAUUUGAUUUUUGUGUCCUUGACAACUUCGUCCUUCCUGCUGAUUUGUUUCUAAAAUCAAGAGAAAUGAAGAGAAAAGAAAACAAACUGUGCCCCCCGGCCGUGUAUGAUGGCAGAGGCCGGGCGGCCGCUUUGGUCUGACACCUGCACUUUGGCGACCUUGUACUUCUGUAGGCCCUUCAUGUAUGCUGGUUUCCUCGCACCCUUCCAUCCUCGGGUGUGCGGAGACGGAGCCUGUGGCAACCCAGCUCUCACCACUGGGAGCACCUUCUAUGGGCUCGGCUGUCAGGCUGUUCUUGAGAAUGGCACUGUACUAUACACGCAACACUGUCCCUUUAUAAACCCAGGAGAAAACUGCCACUUGAGGUGCUUUGAAUACCUCUCCGAGGAGCUGUGCCCUACAAAUGAUGUAGAAAAUACUGACGGGCAAAGGCCGCUGUGAGCGCGUUGGCAGUAGGCAGGAACAGCUUUGAGGCCAGGGAGAUGACUCAGAGGGAUGGAGCACGUGCUUUGCGUGAGGGAACCCCAGGUUUGAUUCUUGACACCACAAGCACCAUUGGGAUCCACCCUCUGAGCUGGGAGUAGCCCCGGCACCUGUGAGUCUGGCUUCAACCUAAAAGUAAGUAAAAGCAGUAGCUUAAAUUUUUUUUUUUCUUUUUUAUUGCUUGCAAGAAUCAGCCCAUCUAGCCUGAGUUCUUCACUUUUUCCUGAUAUUUUUUUUUUAAGCCAUUUAGGGCAGUGAAUCAACUUCAAUUUAAUAUACUGAGCAUAAACUGAACUUUGGAAUACUGGGAGAAAAGCUAUUCACUUGCAGUAUUUUUCCCCAAAUACUAUUGUAACUGUUGAAACACUUUUCUCCAUACUCUGAACCACAAUAGAAACUUUUCUUGUUUUUGUUUGGGGGCCACUCUGGGCGGUGAUCCUGCCUGUGCGCUCAGGAACUCCUGGUGCUGCUCAGGGGGCAAUAUGUCAUGCUGGGGCGGGGGGAUGGGGUGUCAGACCCAGGCCAGCUGCGUGCAGACGUCCUACCUGCUGUGCUGUCGCCCCAGCCCUCAAAGCUUUUUGAAAAAACAGUAGGUUUGUGUUUCUUUAAAGAAAACCUGUAGAAGGGUGUUGGUUUGGGUCUACAUUAUUUUUUCAAGGGACCUACCUUGUUGAAACGGGUUUUCCACAGACUCUUUGACCUCAGUCUAUGUCCUCAUUGGAAAUGCCAGGGAUAAACUAGUAAAAAUUCUUCUACUUCAUGUGUUAAUAAAAUUUAAGAAAUUCUGA